CCGUUACUUAACAGAAACAAAUCUCAAAAGAAACUGUGUCCGCUUCGUUUAUGCGACAAAUAUAAGCGUCAAAGCCGAGAGAAAAUUCGGCGAAAUUUCUCAGAUUCUGCACUUUGGAUUUUCAGCUUUCUGCUUUUCUAUCCUCUCGCCCUCCAACGAAUCCCUCACAGUUUGUUUCCCUUUCUCUCUCUCUCUUUAUAAGGAUUUGCGAGUGACGACGAACUCCGCCAGCAGAGUACAGAGUCCGUUUGGUUGCUGAGAAAACGAAGGAAAAGGGGUGUGGCGCUCUGAGAUUCUUUUCUUUCACUUUCUCUGCAAGCAAACGGUGAGAAUGCAGACGAGGUACAUGGAGAAAUCCAGGGAGAAGCGAGCCUUAGAUUCAUCUUCCGCUGAGGAUGAUCAACCUGAAAGAAAGCGACCUGCUUUGGCUAGUGUAAUUGUUGAGGCGCUGAAGGUGGACAGUCUGCAGAAGCUUUGUUCAUCACUGGAGCCUAUUCUACGUAGAGUUGUCAGCGAAGAAGUAGAGUGUGCUUUAGCAAAAUUAGUCCCUACAGCCAAGCUUAGUGGGAGGUCGUCUCCCAAGAGCAUAGAAGGCCCUGAUGACAGCAGUCUACAAUUACAAUUCAGGAAUAGGUUAUCCCUUCCCCUCUUUACUGGGGGGAAAGUGGAGGGAGAGCAUGGCACCGGCAUACACAUUGUUUUGGUUGAUACAAAAACAGGCCAUGUUGUCACAUCUGGCCCAGCUUCAUGUGCCAAACUAGAUUUAUUUGUACUUGAAGGAGAUUUCAAUAAUGAGGAUGAUGAUAAUUGGAAUGAAGAAGAUUUUGAUAGUCAUGUAGUUAAAGAGCGAGAAGGAAAAAGACCUCUUCUGAAUGGUGAUCUGCAAGUGACACUGAAGGAGGGUGUAGGAACACUGGGUGAGCUUACAUUUACAGACAACUCUAGCUGGAUACGGAGUAGGAAGUUCAGGUUGGGGCUCAAAGUUUCCCCAGGAUGUUAUGAGGGAAUGCGUAUUCGUGAAGCCAAAACAGAGGCUUUCACUGUUAAGGAUCACCGUGGAGAACUAUACAAGAAACACUACCCACCUGCCUUGAAUGAUGAGGUCUGGAGACUGGAGAAGAUUGGCAAGGAUGGUUCCUUUCACAAAAGGCUAAAUAAAGCAGGAAUAUUUACUGUUGAAGAUGUCGUACGACUUGUGGUCAGAGAUCCACAGAGAUUACGAAAUGUUCUUGGAAGUGGCAUGUCAAACAAAAUGUGGGAUGUUCUUGUUGAUCAUGCAAAGACUUGUGUUCUCAGUGGAAAACUCUAUGUAUACUAUACUGAUGAUGCAAGGAACGUUGGUGUUGUUUUCAAUAACAUCUAUGAGUUGAGUGGUUUAAUUGCCGAUGACCAAUAUUACUCCGCUAAUUCUCUCACCGACAGUCAGAAGGUUUAUGUGGACACAUUGGUGAAGAAAGCAUAUGAGAACUGGAUGCAUGUUAUUGAGUAUGAUGGCAAGUCUCUGCUAAAUUACAAUCAGAAUAAGACUUUGGGCACCUCUCAACCUCUGGCUCCAUCGGGUUCCCAUGAUUAUUCAAUUUCAAACUCACUUGAUCCGCAGACCUCCAUCCCUAGUCUACCAGUUCCUGUACCCACUGGGCAGCCUUCAACGGAUCCAGCAGUAACAGUUGGAGGCUAUCAUAUUAAUGGUACGACCACCAGGUGCUCAAUGCAACCACAGAAUGAUAAUAUUUAUUCAUCUAUUCAGUUUGAUAAUACUGCAUUCCCACUGCAAAACCAGCUAAUGAGUGCUUCACACCAAUCUCAACUUCCGAGAAAUGAAAAUGGGCUGACUCAUGGUCCACGACAAUCAGGCACUCCUGGCUUUCAGAAUGUCAGCAUUUCAAAUCCUACUUAUAGAGGAUUUGAGGAUUACUUCCCAGAGGAGGAGAUUCGAACUAGAAGUCACGAGAUGCUAGAAAAUGAAGAUAUGCAGCAUCUGCUCCGUAUUUUUAAUAUGGGAGGAGAAUCUCAUGCUUCCUUUAAUACUCCAGAAGAUGCAUACCCUUAUUCAUCUCCUUACAUGCCUGCAGCCUCCAUGAACUACAACUUAGAUGAUGAACAAAACCGUUCCUCAGGAAAGGCUGUUGUGGGCUGGCUCAAGCUUAAGGCAGCUUUGAGAUGGGGCAUUUUUAUUCGGAAGAGGGCUGCUGAGAGACGGGCACAACUUGUUGAGUUGGAUGACCCAUAGAAUAUAAUAUCAGAGCCAUCUCACCUGUUAUGAUCUGAGCUAUAACUUAUGCGAUUAGAGCAUCAAAUACAACUUUCAGGUACUCAGAGUAUCAUGCUAAAGUUUUAUAGCAUGAGUAGACAUGAAAUCUGGAGUGAAUUAUUUGGUGCAGCCUUAACUUAAAACUCCUACUGUGCCUUCAUAAACAUUUGUGCAGUGACUUCUGCCUGUACAGGAAUAUCACCCUGCGACAACUCUUGUAUCUGUUUUACUUUUGAUGUUAUUUCCACUCAACAUUCUUGCCAGAAAGUUGUGAAAACCUGACAGUUUACCACCGGGUUUAUACCCAAGUUUUCAGUGGCUUGAAAUUGCCAUGGUCUCGAUUUGGAAACUCGGAAAACUGGGGUCCUUUGUUUACAUUUAGCAGGAAGGAUCUACUGAAUUUUGUGUUGUAAGCUAAAUGGGUUGAUUCUAACUGGCUUGUUUUGUGUAGUUGCCUUGUGUUACAGUCGUUAGAAUCAAUAACGAAUUGCUGAAUUUGAAAUUGCUAUUUUUGCUUAUUUUCCUUUGU